AUGUCAAAUAAUAAAAUUGAAUUUUACGAGCAGUCGUUGGAGGAGGGUAAAAAGAAGGAACUUUUUUCAGAUUUAAAAAUGUAUAUGAAUGAUGAUAAUUUGUGUUAUGUUUCAACAAAUAAAUUAUAUAAUAUACAAAACGAAAAUGAAAUGAUAAAUAAAAAUAAAGAAACCUAUAACAAUAUGAAAGUUAUGCAUAAUAAAAAUGAGGACAUAAUAAAAGAUAAAUCAAUUCAUUUAAAUGAUCAUGAGAGUAGUAUUGUGGACAAGGAUUUUUUUUAUAAUGAAUAUAGUACUACUAUACAUAAUAAUAUACAUAACAAAAAUAAUGAGAAGAAUAAUUCUUUUUAUAAAUGUUGUAACGAUAACAGUGAUAUAAAUAAAGAUAAGGAUGUUCCCAUUCGCUCAUAUGGUAAUAUACACAUGAAAAAUGAAGAGGAUAAAGAUGAUGAAGAAGAUGAUGAAGAAGAGGAUAAAGAAGAUGAUGAAGAUGAAGAGGAUGAGAAAAACGAAUCGACAACAAAUUCCAUUGAUAAAAUCUUAAGAAAUAUUCAAGACGAUAUUUUAUUUAAAAGUAAUGAUAGCAAAACAUUGGAACAUUGUUUUAAAUAUAAUUUAUUUGAGGAAUAUAAUUAUCCUCAUAUACACACGGGGAAAAAUGAAAACAUGUAUGAACAUAAAGAAAGCAUAUAUAAAAAAAAACCCUCAUGUGAUAUAAAUCAACCUCCAUAUAAUAAUGAAUACACACAUGAUGAGAAUAUGUACAAAGCAUACAUCUGGUAUGACAAAAAAAAAUAUCUUUAUAUAUGGAAUAAGAAUAUUAAGGUUGAAGACAUGAGAGAGAACCUUCUGACCUUUUGUAAGAAACUUACAAGUGAAAAUUUUUAUAUUGUACGUAUAGAAAGAAUAUCAUAUGAAUAUAAUAAUACUUAUCCUGAAAUAUAUGAAGAUGAUAAUUUAAAAAAUAAAAAUUUGGAUAUAUAUAAUAUGGAACAAGAAAAAGAUUCUACAUUAUCACGUGAAGGAGAUCAUACUAUUGUAACACUCCCAUUCGAUGACAAGAAUAUAAUGUACUAUAAAAAAAUAUAUGAUAAUAUAUAUAAUUAUAAUAGUUUCGAUCAAAUUAAAAAUGAUAAGGAAUAUUUAAUAAUUAAUAAUAAAAGGAAAGUGAUUAAAGGGAAAGACAUAAUUACAUAUGAGAACAUAUUAAAAGAAAACAUAUUAAAAGAAAACACAUUAAAAGAUAAUGUAUUAAAAGAAAACAUAUUAAAUGAUAAUGUAUUAAAAGAUAAUGUAUUAAAAGAUAAUGUAUUAAAAGAAAACAUAUUAAAAGACAACAUAUUUGAAGACAAUAUAUUUGAAGACCCACUCAAAUUUGCAGAAGUACUUAGAGCUAUUGAAUAUACAAAAGAAGGUUGUAAUUUAUUAAAACUAACCGUUUUUAAUAUUCCUCAUUUAAGAUAUUUUUUUGUAAGUAAAGAUUUAAAUUUUAUAAAAUGGUAUUCAUCUAGAAAACAAGAUGACCAAUGUAAAAUACAUUUUAAUGAUAUAAAUAGCCUUGAAGUAAAUUAUAAAAAUAAUAAAUUAUUUGAACAUUAUAAAAUAGACAUUUUAAAGAAGUUAUCUUUUUGUAUUGUUUAUAAUAAUGAAAAGAAAAAAAUAAUUUUAACAUGUAAAAGUUUUUGUGAAUAUCAUUAUUGGAUAACAACCAUCAGAGCUUUAAUGUUUAGAUCUAGGAAACUAAAAAUUAGUAGAAGUAUUUUAUUUUCUCAUUUGAAUGAUUCUUUUUUGCUGGUAACACAAGAUGAUAUUCUAAAUAAAAGGGAUAAUAAUAUGAUUAUAGAUGAAACUAAUAUAUAUGAUAGAAAAUAUUCAGAACAUAUAAAUCCUGUUUUUAAUAACAAAUGUUGUGAUAUCAUAACUAAUCAGGAAAAUGAGAAAUUUAAUAAUACAUCUUCUUGUUAUAAAAACAAAGAUAAAGAAAAUAACUUUUAUGUAUCUCAUGAAAAGAAAAAUAGAAAAGGAGAUGUAUGUAAUAAACUAAAUAAUGACGAUCCUAAUAUGAUACAAUUAAAAUCAUUUCAUCUUUAUAAAUUAAUAUCUUUUCCUGAUUAUAAUAUUUAUCAAAUUAAAACGAAGUUUUAUUUAUUAAAGGAAAAAUUUUAUAAAUAUAAAAUAUUUAUAGAGCAGGCCUUAGACGACUUUAUUAUAAAAACAGAAAGAGAACAUGCAAAUAAAUAUAAUGCCACGGACAUUACACAGGGGGAUCAUGAGUUAGUAGGAAGAAAUAUACUAAAUGGGCAAUACACAACUAUUUAUGGAAAUAAUAAACAGGAAAAGAGGAAUGAAGACAUGAAAGUAAAUGUGCAUCAUCCUUUGAAUGAUCAUAUAAAUGUUUAUAAAUAUGAUAAUAUGAAGGAUAAUGUGAAGGAUAAUGUGAAGGAUAAUGUGAAGGAUAAUAUGAAGGAUAAUAUGAAGGAUAAUAUGAAAAAUAAUAUGAAGGAUAAUAUGAAGGAUAAUAUGAAAAAUAAAAUGAAGGAUAAUACUUAUGAUAAUACUUAUGAUAAUACUUAUGAUAAUACUUAUGAUAAUACUUAUGAUAAUACUUAUGAUAAUACUUAUGAUAAUACUUAUGAUAAUACUUACGAUAAUACUUAUGAUAAUACUUACGAUAAUACUUAUGAUAAUAUGAAGGACCAUUUUUCCACAAAUAAGAACAUAUGUGAAGAAGAACAUCUUUCUAAUUAUGAUUAUUAUGAUAAGUCAAAUAUACUACAUUGUUCCAAAUUAAAAGGAAAAAAGAAAAGAUAUAUAAAUAAAAAUAAUAUACAUUGCUUAAAUGAAGAUAACAUUUUUAACAUAUAUGAAGAUAUAUAUACACCAAAUAAUAAUGGAGAAGAUACCGAUAAUUUCAAAUUAUUUUUAAUUAUUAAAAUAUUUAAUAAUAUAAGUAACAAAUUUAAAGACAUUCAAAAAAAUAUUUUCCAUGUUGUUCAACUUAUGGAUAUGGAAAAAUUAGAUGAAAAUAAAAAUCAAAAAACAAAUUUAUUUUCAUUUGAUAAUCUUUUAAAAUAUAGUACAGAUAUAUACAAAAUGUUACAACAAAAAUUUGGACAAAAUGAAAAUAAGCAAAUAAUAGGGGAAGAAAAACAUGUAGAUAUUUUGAAUAAUAUACAAGGGCAGAAAAUAAAGCAAACGAAUAAUAUGAAAAAGUUAACAAAAAUGAAAAAUAUAAAUAAUAAUAUAAAUGAUAAUAAUAAUAAUAAUAAUAAUAAUAUUUAUUGUGAUAAUUUAACCUUUGAUCAUAAUACAAAAAAAGACAUACCAUCUUAUAGUCAACACACACAUAUACGUACUAAUGAACAUAAUUAUUUAUUUUUGUCAAAAGAAAAGAAAAAAGAAUUUGGAAAAAAAAAAAAAAAAUUAAUUCAUCAUAUUCUCUUUCAAUUGUGGAUGUGCGAAGUAGACCUUGGAAACAUUGAUGAUAUUUAUACUGUAUAUAUGAAUAACAUAAAGAACAAAAAUAAUAACAUUCAUAUAAAUAAUUUUCUAAUAAAUUUAGAUACUUCUAAAAUUUUUAAUUCCAUAUCGUCACAAUUAUCUGCAACCAUAUUGAAAUAUAUUAAUUUAUGA